AUGUCCUGGUUUUCAAGUUUCGUCUCGAAUUUCAAAUUUCCACCACCAGCCGAUUCUCUCAGACCACAUCCUACUCAGGCGCAGCCUCAUGAAAGACGGCUUCUUGAGGAGCCAUCGUCCUUUACAAAGCCCAUCGAUUCCGAAGCAGCUGCUCCUACGGGCGACAGUUUACCUGCAGACUGUGCCAAGAUACAAGAAGAAGGCCGUCGGCGCAACAAACUCAUCAUUGCAGCUGGUCUAGCUUUCUUUGGUCUCUCAAUCAUCACGACUCGACGAUCUCUUAGCAGGAGGCGCAUAGCAUCGCAAGCAGCGUUUUUCAAGGACGCCCCUACAAACAAUGCGGAGCAAGCGAAGAAUGUCAGUGGUGCGCUCGAAGCAGUGGAAGCGCUGAAUAUAGCGACAAUAAAUGUGCUGAGUGUGGCUAUGUUGGCUACAGGAGGAACAUUGUGGUAUCUCGAUAUUAAUAGUUUGGCGGAUGCAAGGAAGAUGAUAAGAGGUGGAUUGGGCGUUGAUGGAAAGGGUAUGACUGAAGAUGAGGCCAAUGAAGAGAUUGAAGAAGCUAUUGCGAGCAUACUUGCGCGAAAGGACUCGAAAGAUACUACAAGAAGAACAUGA